CUCAUUAAUAAUUAAUCGUGCUCAAUAACUCUAUUAACUGCUUGGUAGCUUCAGCUUAUUGAUGACUAUAUCUAUCCCCAAAAUGUGCGAAGCCAAGGAUUUGGAAGCAGAGGAAACAGUUGAAAGAAGUGUCGAUUUGGACUUUGUGUUGGUGAAUGAGUUGGGCCAAUUUGGACGAUUUCAAAUCAAAUACAUAUGUCUCAUUGCACUGCCAAUGAUGAGUUCGGGGUUCUUCGGCGAUUACGUGUUUACGGCCACCGCGCUCCCACAUAGAUGUCGUAUUCCUGAGUGUGGUGAGAGCAAUAAGAGUGACGUCUUCGGUCCGGACUGGAUCACCAAUGCAAUACCACGAACAGAUGCAGGUGCAAGCUGUGAGAGAUAUGCGCCUGCGCAGUCUGGCGACAACGGCUCCUUGCUUCACUGUCCCAUAGAUCUCUUUGAUCACUUAAUCACACAAAAAUGUGAUGAAUUUGUAUACGAUGGUGUCACUUCUGUUGUAUACGAUUUUGACCUGGGAUGUAAAGAAUGGCUUAGAACCCUGGCUGGAACGCUGAGUAAUCUUGGCACGUUGUUGGUUCUACCACUUGUCGGCUACAUCUCUGACCACUUUGGGCGACGCAUGGCAUUACUCUUCAGUGUCUUCAACACGGCCCUCAUUGGGGUUUUCAAGGCUUUUUCAGUAAACUACACCAUGUUCCUUGUUCUACAACUACUGCAAACUUCUUUAGGAGCAGGAUUAGCAAGUUCUGCUUACAUUUUUUCCACCGAGUUAGUAGGUCCGAAGUAUCGAGUGCUUACGUCCGCUACAUCUUCGGCAACGUUUGCCUGCGGGGAGGUGGUUCUAGGUGUAGUAGCUUGGCUUGUCCGCCCGUGGCGAUCUCUACUCCUGACUCUGUACAUCCCGGUCUUUCUUCUUUUAUCGUACCAUUGGAUACUGUCCGAAAGCGUCCGGUGGCUGUUAGCAAAGAAGAAAUACGCUGAAGCGAGACAAGUACUAGAGAAUGUCGCUAAAACAAAUAAAACAAACAUUAGUGCGAAAUCUAUGAAUGCUUUAUUGAAUCCUCCAACAAGGAACUUAAAAACUGAUCCUCGGAAUCUAAUAGAAUCGUUCUUUAAAUCCAAAAUUCUUCUGAGACGCGUGUGUACGACUCCUGUGUGGUGGAUUACAACGACCUUUGUCUACUACGGCCUAUCAAUUAACUCAACAAGCCUGUCGAAAACCGUGUAUUUAAAUUAUAUCCUGACAGUUGCAAUAGAAAUACCAGGCUUUUACACGGCCGUGCUCACAUUGGAUAGAUUCGGGAGAAAGAUGACGCUUUGUAGUGGCUUCUUCUUUAGUGCAGCCUGUAACUUAGCGUUUGUUAUUAUACCGGCAGAGCUCACAGUGCUCCGGCUGGUAGUGUACCUCGCUGGUAAAUUCGGUAUUUCACUGGUGUUCACGUCUCUGUACCUCUAUACAUCAGAGCUCUACCCCACCGAGUUUAGACACAGUCUAUUGGGCUUCUCAUCUAUGGUCGGUCGGAUUGGGUCUAUAUGCGCACCUCUUACACCACUUCUUACUAAUUAUUGGCUUGGUUUGCCAAACACAGUGUUCGCUAUAUUGGGCUUAAUGUCAGGCCUCUUGGUCCUCACGCAGCCCGAAACUUUUGGAAAGAAAUUGCCGGAUACCUUGGAGGAGGCCGAAAUGAUUGGAAAAUAAAAUUCAGAGCUCGAUUACAAAUGUAUAAAAUCAAGCGUAGAAGUUGAAAUACAUGUUCAAGCAGAAAGGUUUUCUUUCUAUUAAACUUAAUUUAUUUAAUACUAGCGGACCUCACAGACUUCGUUCUGUCAAAAAGAUUUGAAAUGUGGCAGUUUUUGUUCCUACCAAUUUUAUAGUCGGCGCAAAAAACGGGUGAUGGCAGAACCAUAUGAUGAUGAUAGACCAAUGUGUGAGGUUCAGCUCGGGUGACCAAAGUAUCUUCGCUUCCACGAACUUUCCACUCUUCUGUGACCCACUAAAAAACCCCGACUGGGAAGUCUGCUAGAGGGCUUCAAACUAAGAGGCGAACUUAGGGUUCAAACCUGAUUGGAAAAUAAUCUAAAAGGAUAGUGGGAACCUAAAAGUGACAAAUAUUUAAAAAUUG